CGUUAUCCGAUCAAUUCACUUACGCCAGACAUUUUGGAGGUGUCGAGAGGGCUGGGUUGACGGUGGAGAGGGAUGUGGUGGUGCUUCACUGGCGAUGUCAAAGGCUGAGGUUCGUCGACAAGAUUCAAGCUCUCGCGUCACGGGGAUUUGCGCUGCGCUAAUUGGCCCGUCGUGCCUUCCGCUUUGACGUGAACUUUACUUCCAACCCCACCACCGCUACCAGCUCAACCUCGACGACACGCACCAAUAAAUCCUCAAAUCCCUCCGCAGACGCCUGAAAAGACCUGGCGAGGUCUCACCAGAACAAUUGGUGUGCCCUGGCUCGUUGCGAUCAGCUGACGUCCUUUGGCGCAUCCUACCUCCACUCCACCUCACCGCAGGCGCGACCGACACAAUGCCUUCAGUAGAGACUCCCGCAAUCUCCAAAGCCGGCAUCACAACCUCCGCAACCGGCGAACGCCACAUACCAGCAUCCGUCCGUCCCGACGGCACCCUGCGCAAAGAAAUCCGAGUCCGCCCAGGCUACCGCCCACCCGAGGAUGUCGAACUCUACAAGAACCGCACUGCUGAGGGCUUCCGCAACAGAGGAAAGGCAGGUGUACCAGGUGCCGAGGCUGUGAAGAAUGAGGAAUCUCCCAGCAUAUCAAGUCCUGCUGCAAAUAAGAAUGCCAAACGGAGGGAAGCUAGGAAAAAAGCCGCAGCCGCUGCGAGUGAUGGGAAAGAGGAGGACGGAGUCUCUGCCGAGCCCAAAGAGACAGAUAAAUCAGCUGAGGUCCAAAAGAAUGAGACCGCGAAGCUCGAGGCUGAGAAGGUUGUCGACCCUGAGGCUGAGAAAGAGAAAGAAGCGAAGAAGCUUACCAAGAAGCUGAGGCAGGCGCGCGAACUGAAAGACAAAAAAGACAAGGGCGACAAGCUGCUACCGGAGCAGUUUGAAAAGGUCAUCAAGAUUAACGAGCUUAUACGCCAACUAGAGGGCCUCGGCUUCGAUGCACAGGGAGAGAAGAAGGGAGAGACUUGAGCGCAUACGACAAGAGCUCCUCCAUGGAUAACCACACGAACUCCCGAGCCGAGAAAGCUGCUUUUCUAGCAUGGGCUGGCGAACCCACGACACUCGCGCCUUGGUGGUGCGGUCAAACGAGACGGCAGAGGUCUUUAAAACCCACGACUAUACCGCGACGACAAG